CUCCACCUACACCCCCACCUAAAUUUCCGCAGGACAUCAUGAUAGAAUUGCUGUGCAGGCUGAAAGGAGGUGAAGAGCCCCCUCUAAGAGACCUCCUGGUGCUCAGCAAUGCUUUUAUUCUCAACCACAUACUAUGGUAAUCACAUCAGCACAAGCACACAAAUGUGGUUAAGUGACGAAACUGAAUGAAACUUUCCUAAGAUGUCAAUCAUAAAUUCCAUCAACCAUACUAACGACUGAUUUAUCUUGCUCUUCUCUCUGGAGAAAAUAUUUCAAGAUUAGUAUCAAUGAAGAAGCAGAAUAUGCAAUCAGAAAUACAUGGGGAAAAAGGUGGGUUAAUAGAAGUAUUUUCCUGGAUUUUGUGAUGUGUAUCGCAUUUGUCAGCAUCUUUAAAUGUGUCAUUCGUUGAGAUUUAUUUUUUCCUUCUAGAUGAAUAUUCGCUAUCCUGCCUCCUUUUGGGUUGGUAAUUUGGGGUUGUCUUUCUUAGGCCCCUGCCCUCGAAACUGCGCCGGGAUCCCAGGCGGGCGGGUGAGGAUGCGGCCCCCGCCCGGCGGCGACACCCAGGGCAAGUCACGCAGAAAUCUCCAGGCCGCACUUAUCUCUGGUGCAGAGCGCGGGAGAUGACACGCAACCCACCAGAUCUCGCACAGCACCGCUGACUAAUAAGCACAGAGCUGUUUGUGAAACUACCACCGGCCGUGGCGGCCGGACACCUUCCCUCUCUUCGGCCGGACACCUUCCCUCUCUUCGGCCGGACACCUUCCCUCUCUUCCGCCGGACAUCUUCCCUAUCUUCCGCCGGACACCUUCCCUUUCUUCCGCCGGACACGGUCCUUGGGGCGUGGCUGGAAACUCGGGCGUGGAUUGGCCGGGAGGAGGGACGCAAAUUUGUUUGAAAGGCCCAAUCAGUGCCCGAACGGCUUCUCCGUUCUAGUCAAUAGAAAACCGAGAGGAAGGCAGGAAGGGCGGAGUCGCCUAUUUGAGUGUGUGGCGCGCGAGGCCCAGCAGUCCGGGUUGGCGCUUGGGUACUGGCUGGGUCCGAUGCCGGGUCCGCUGCGCGCCAUGGAGGGCGAGGACGUGGAAGACGACCAGCUGCUGCAGAAGCUCAGGGCCAGUCGCCGCCGCUUCCAGCGGCGCAUGCAGCGGCUGAUAGAGAAGUACAACCAGCCCUUCGAGGACACCCCGGUGGUGCAAAUGGCCACGCUGACCUACGAGACGCCACAGGGAUUGAGAAUUUGGGGUGGAAGACUAAUAAAGGAAAGAAACGGAGAGAUCCAGGACUCCUCCGUGAAGCCCGCGGACAGAACAGAUGGCUCCGUGCAAGCUGCAGCCUGGGGUCCUGAGCUUCCCUCGCACCGCACAGUCCUGGGAGCCGAUUCAAAACGCCGUGAGGUCUAUGCCACGUUGGACCAGGAAGAGUCAGUUGCUUGGGCCUUAGCGCCUGCAGUGCCUCAGAGCCCUUUGAAAAAUGACUUAAGAAGGAAAUACUUGACACAAGUGGAUAUACUGCUACAAGGUGCAGAGUAUUUUGAGUGUGCAGGUGACAGAGCUGGAAAGGAUGCACGUGUGACUCCGUUCCCUUCACUGACCUCACCUGCCAUGCCUGCCCCUGGAUACUGCAGUCGUGUCUCCGGAAAGAGUCCUGGUGACCCAGCGAAACUAGCUUCAUCUCCCAGAGAUUGGGAUCCUUUGCAUCCUUCCUCCACAGACAUGGCCUUAGUACCUAGAAAUGACAGCCUCUCCCUACAAGAGACCAGUAGCAGCAGCUUCUUAAACAGCCAGCUCUUUGAAGACGAUGACAUUUGCAAUGUGACCAUCAGUGACCUGUACGCAGGGAUGCUGCACUCCAUGAGCCGGCUGUUGAGCACAAAGCCGUCAAGCAUCAUCUCCACCAAAACGUUCAUCAUGCAAAACUGGAACUCCAGGAGGAGGCACAGAUGUAAGAGCAGGAUGAACAAAACAUAUUGCAAAGGAGCCAGACGCUCUCAGAGGAGCUCCAAGGAGAACUUCGUACCCUGCUCUGAGCCUGUGAAAGAGACAGGAGCAUUAAGAGAUUGCAAGAACGUAUUGGAUGUUUCUUGCCAUAAGACAGGUUUAAAAUUGGAAAAAGCUUUUCUUGAAGUCAACAAACCCCAAAUCCAUAAGUUAGAUCCAAGUUGGAAGGAGCUGAAAGUGACACCCUCGAAGUAUUCUUCCUUGAUUUAUUUUGACUCCGGUGCAACGUAUAAUCUUGAUCAGGAAAAUAGAUUUAGGACAUUAAAAUGGUUAAUUUCUCCUGUAAAAAUAGUUUCCAGACCAACAAUACAACAGGACCAUGGAGAGAACCGUCAGAGGGAGAUUGAAAUCCGAUUUGAUCAGCUUCAUCGGGAAUAUUGCCUGAGUCCCAGGAACCAGCCUCACCGGAUGGGCCUCCCAGGCUCCUGGGCCAUGAACAUGUACAGAGGGGGUCCUGCGAGUCCUGGUGGCCUUCGGGGCUUAGAAACCCGCAGGCUGAGUUUACCUUCCAGCAAAGCAAAAGCAAAAAGUUUAAGUGAGGCUUUUGAAAACCUGGGCAAAAGAUCUCUGGAAGCAGGUAGGUGCCUGCCCAAGAGUGAUUCCUCUUCAUCACUUCCAAAGGCCAACCCCACGCACAGCCCAGCUCGCCCGCAGCAGACAUCUGACCUUCACGUUCAAGGAAGCAGUUCUGGAAUAUUUAGAAAGUCAGUGUCACCCAGCAAAACUCCAGUCCCAGAUAAAGAAGUGCUAGGCCACGGAAGGAAUCGUUAUGAUGAAAUUAAAGAAGAAUUUGACAAGCUUCAUCAAAAGUAUUGCCUCAAAUCUGGGCAGAUGAAGGCGCCUUUAUGUAUUGGAGUGUCUACAGAUAAAGCAAGUAUGGAAGUUCGAUAUCAAACAGAAGGCUUCUUAGGAAAAUUAAAUCCAGACCCUCACUUCAAGGGCUUCCAGAAGUUGCCAUCAUCCCCCCUGGGGUGCAGAAAAAGUCUACUGGGCUCAACUGCAAUUGAGGCUCAUUCAUCUACAUGUGUUGCUCGUGCCACAAGGAGGGACCAUCAGUUCCCUGCAAAAAGACCCAGGCUAUCAGACCCCCAGGACUCCGGAUGCCGGGCCAGUUCCCGGGGUGCCUCAGAUGGGGUGGGCAACACCGUCAGACCGGGAGACCAGGGCAGCUCUUCACAGCCCAACUCAGAAGAGAGGAAGGGGAGAGAACACGUCUUACAGGAUGGAAGAGAAAAGUGAUUUCAUGCUAGAAAAAUUCAAAACUAAAAGUGCAUAGCUAGGUCAUUUUGGAGUGUUACUUCUCUUCCCACUUGCUCUCUGUUUGUGGUUUUGUUUUGUUUUUAAUUCUUGAGACUUUGAGGACUUGGUUGACUUCUCUGCCCUUAAAGCAAAUAUUAGUGAAAUUGGCUCCAUCAGAGAUGACCCUCAAGUUCUUGGUGUAGAAAUUAUGUGAAUAAAGUUGCUUAAUUAGAA